UAGAAAGAUGGGAGGGCUAGCAAGUGAAACUAGAAUAUGUGUAGUAACGAGUUGGAAUUAUUUACAACCAAUUCGGUGAAAAUUAAUGGCCAUGAGUUCGUUUUUGAUGACUUCGGUUCAAUAUACAGAACCAAAGUUUCCCCCUGCCGACGAGUUUUCCCAACAAAGUUAUAUUCCAAAUCAUGGAACAGAUUACUAUAGAAGUAAUUAUCAGACACAUUACGGAUAUCCCGAUCCGAGGAGGUUUGACGAUGACAAAUAUACCCCGAAUCAGUACGGAGGAUGUACCAGCAACGCACCUGUUUCUCCGCCACAACCCUCACCCCCUGUCUCCAAUCACGGCGGGGGUGGAGGGGGAGGGGGGACGAUGAACGGAUUCGCGUCCUCACAAUCCUCCACUCCCAGCCCCCCGCCCGUCCCCUCCCCAGAUGAAAAUUCCUCACCCCUGUCACAGAGUUCCUGUGCUCAGCAGCAGUCAGACGGACAGCCGGUUAUCUACCCCUGGAUGAAGAAAAGUCAGGGAAACAACCCAGGAAAUAAUUUGGUUUCGGAAUCAAAAAGGAAUCGAACCGCCUACACAAGACAUCAGAUUUUAGAGUUGGAGAAGGAAUUCCAUUUCAAUCGUUACUUGACGCGGAGGCGGCGAAUUGAAAUCGCCCAUACCUUGUGUUUGUCCGAACGACAAAUAAAAAUCUGGUUUCAGAACCGGAGAAUGAAAUGGAAAAAAGAACAUAAACUACCGAACACAAAAACAAGACUCAUGGAAGCCGGAACUGGGCUUCUUGAUCCGACUCACCAUUUUACUCAUAUGUUGGGACAUCCGGAUUUAACUCAGAUCUAGUCAUUACUGUGUUCAUUAACUAUAACGCCAUCAGUUCAAAGGAAACUUUAUAAAUCCAGUGUGACUGUGUAGUGUAUGAAUGUGCUGAACAUACCAAAGAUUUACUGAUUGCCGAGAAAAUCCGGACUUUAUCCUCCCCUGAAGUGUUUGUUGAUACUGCAGCUUUGCUGUACAAAUAGCAUAAUAAUUUAUACAAUUUGUGUUUCAAUAUUCCCUAAGGACACAAAUUAUUGAGAGUCAACUGACAGAGUUGGACAGGUGCUUGAAGACUGCAGAUUGUCCUGAAUAUAUAACACUAUACUAGUGUUCUCGCUGAGAGAGUUCGUGUAUUAGUAUAUCCAAUUAAUUAACAAAUUAAUUAACAAAUCCGUUUUGUUAAGUAUUACUACAAACCAAAGAAAUGCCUCUGUUUUUUGUUUAUUUAUAUAUUUUGUAAAUAUUGUUGUUGUAUAGAUAUUAUUUUAUAUCAGAUCUGAGGUGUGUAUGCUACACUUCUUUGUGGUUAACACAUGAGGUUAGUACACACCAUUUUCCCCUCGAUAUUCCGUAACAUUCAGAAUUAUCGCGUUUGACUGUCUAAACAGGAGUAAAAUUAAUAUGGACUCAAUGCAACUGGAUAUUAAUCGAAAGAUUAUAAUCCAAAAAAAUUUUGAUUUGGUUAAAGAAAAACAUAUUUUUUUAAAAAUCAAAAUCACUUAUAAAAUUAAUAAUGUUUGGUACGUUUUUCGGCUUUUAUUGGUGACAAUCUUGUGUGUGCUAAUAAAUAAUGAAUGUUAAAUUAUGGAUUUUUUUUUACGAAUUCAUCAAUGUCAUUCUUUUUUCCACUUAUUGUUAUUACUGAACUUAGAAUUUAAGUCCAUCUUUUAAAGUAAACAAAAUCUGUUUUAUAUAGCGCGUCUUGUAUCCCCAAGAUUUACCAACAGUGAUACCACCAAAGUCACUGUUCAAUUUGUGACCGAUAUAUUCAUUUUAAGAAGUGAAUAAAGCCAUGUUUUUUAUAAUG